GUUGAAGAUGUCCUACUCGAAAGAGGACGGUUUGCAGUGUUUGGCACUCUCUAUCUAACGACACAUCAAAUGAUCUUUAGAUCCCCGGAUCAAAAGGACGAAUGUAUCUUGUAUCCACUUAUCCAUACCGUUGAGCGUCGUCCUCCCACGACGGAACCCAAAUUUUGGCCUAUAACCAUUCGCUGUCGUGAUUUUAGCAUUUACACAUUCUCUGUGGAAAUACAAGACGAUGCGACUGAUAUUUUUAAUAAAAUACAAAAACUAACAUGUAUUGGUUCUAUCAGACAAGUUUAUGCUUUUGAACAUAUGCUUGAAAAAAAAUUUCCGUCAUCGGAUGGCUGGUCUGUCUAUGAUGUACUUCAUGAAUACGAUCGAAUGGGCGUUGAUAACGCGACUGGAUCGUGGAGAUUUUCAAAUGUGAAUCGAAGUUAUACAUUUUGUGCAACGUACCCAAGAAUUUUGGUGGUUCCAGCCAAAAUUAGUGAUAAUGUUUUAAACCACGCAUCAAAAUUCCGGAGUAAGAAUCGCAUACCGGUGUUGAGUUAUUUACAUUGGCAUAAUAAGGCUUCUAUAACUCGUUCUAGUCAACCAAUGGUUGGACUUAAACAGAAUCGUUCAAUACAGGAUGAAAAACUCAUUGAAGCUAUUUUUCGAUCUAAUAUUAAAACUUUAUCUGAAAGAGUGACACAGAUAAAUUUAAUUAUUGACGCUCGCCCAACAGCUAAUGCAAUGGUUAAUGUGGCGAUGGGUGCAGGAACGGAGAGCGUAGACAACUACAAAUAUUGUGAGAGAAGGUUUAUGGGCAUUGACAAUAUCCACGUAAUGAGAGAAAGCUUAGGGAAAAUGGUCGAAGUAAUACACACUGCAGAUUCUAAUUGUUUGCCAAUUAAAAAGCAACAUCUAGAUAAAUCCGGCUGGCUCAGACACAUUACUACUUUAUUGGAAUCAGCCCUUAUAAUAAUCAAAAAUGUGCACAUUUUUGGUUCCCAUGUACUUGUUCAUUGUUCAGAUGGAUGGGAUCGUACGGUACAAUUGACUUCACUUUCUGAACUUUGCCUUGAUCCGUAUUAUCGCACUUUCAGGGGGUUCCAAGUUCUAAUUGAAAAAGAAUGGGUAUCAUUUGGCCAUAAAUUUAGUGAUCGUUCAGGUCACCUUUCUAAUGAAAAGUACUUUGUUAAUACUUCUAAUUCAACGUUUAAUUCCGUACAAAGUAAAUUCUCAAAGCAAUCUCAUGUUCGAGAAAUAUCUCCAGUAUUCCACCAAUUUUUGGACUGUGUAUUCCAAAUUUUAUCUCAAUUUCCUACAAAAUUUGAGUUCAAUGAAAAUUUUUUGAUCAAAUUACAUUACCAUUGUUAUUCAUGUCAAUUUGGAACAUUCCUAUGCAAUUCGGAAAAGGAAAGAAUGGACUAUAAAGUUACAACUCAAACAUACUCAGUUUGGGAUUAUUUUAAUUCACAUAAAGAAGUGUUUCUUAAUCCUUUAUAUGACGAAAAGGCUAUUUCUAAAGGUAAUGGUGAUGAUGAUUGUGUAUUAUUUCCCGAUGAGAAAAACGUUAAAUAUUGGGCAGGACUGUUUGGUAAACAGGACGAAGAAUUAAAUUGUAAUAAUGAUGAAGUCAAAGAAGAAAAAAUUGAAGGAUUUGCAGCAAGGAUGAGGUGGAGAUCGAAUAGCCCUAGUAGCCCUGUUUCACGACCAGCGUCCCCGAACGUUAACUCAAAUCACGAAACUAUUGAUGGAAAUGCCUGGAAAGAAGAUACACCAUCACCAUCAUUAUCGUCACCACUUAGCAAACAUGUUAAUUCAUAUGAGGAUAGCCCUUAUUUUGACCCGUGGAAAAGUAAUAGUAUUAGAAUGGGAAACAACAAUUUCAAUACAAUUAAAGAUAAAUUCAUGAAUAAUGCUAAUAAUUUAGCAAGGGCCACUCUAAGUAUUGGGACAAGUGCAUAUUAUAACGUGACAAACCUCGCAAAAUCAAAUUUUGAUUUGGGUAUUAGCGAAAGUAUGUCGCCUGUAGAGAUUGCAGACAAUAUUGAAGAACCAAGUUUACGCGAAAUGGAGUCAUUUUCUGCAUUGUCACUGUCAGAAAAUUCAGAGAACAACAAUUUGGUAACUUCAAAUUCGGCCGCAUCAUCAUUAUUUACCGAGCCACGGUCGCCACGGCAAACAAUUACAACCUUCUUUUCCUCUUUCACACCUUAUGAUCGUCAUGAAACUAUUCCUUCAUUAGGAAUAAAACCUGACAAUGUGCCACCAUCACCUUCAUCUCGAGUAAACACACCAAAUUCUGACCCUACAUCACCUUUAUCAGCAACUUCAUCAAUAGCAUCACGUUCAAAUAGUUUAUUAAAAUUCAAUUCUGAGAGUAAAGUAGGUUCACCAAUAUCUACUCCACCUAUGUCAUCUCCAUCUCCAACUACAGAAUUAAUAAAGGAUUUACCACAUCCGUUAUACAAUGUUGAUGUGUUUUCUUCGCCUUAA